ACGAAAAUAACGAAAUAAAGACGAAGUAGUAUAACGUAAAGCGACGCGAGUGUAACGACUGUGCGUGUGUGCGUUGUGUGUCUGUGCUUGUGUGCGUGUGUGUAUGUUUUUUUAGCAUGUGCAGCAUUUGAGUAACGGCGACUUCGAUCCAAAUGGCCAACUGGACUCUGGCCAGACGCUGGAUCGAGGCCAGCAGGCUGCUGCUGCUGCUUCUGAUCAUCCUGCAGCUUAUUGCAGCAACGCCAGCGGCGCGCAAUUCAAAUCCCAACAGCAACAACAAUAACAAUAACAAUAUUUGGCGACGCGUUCGUCUCGUGACGAGCGUUAGUGCCAAUUCCCCAGUUCAGGAACGUGAACGCAAUGCUUAUCAGCUGCUCAAGGCCAACAACAGUAGCAGCAGCACCACUAGCACUACUACCAGCACCACUACAACAACCACCACAACCACAACAACAACAGCUGCACCACGUCGCAGUGCCAAGCAAUUGUUGCGUCGUGAGGAUCUCAAUGUGCACGAGAGCAACAUAUCGAGUGCAGCACGUUUGGAAAUGUCCACGGAGUUCUUUGUGGUGCCCACAAUGAAAGCAGUGACCAGGAGCCACAACAGCACCGCUACAACUGCCACGCCCACGCGUAGUCAGGGCGCCCGAGCACGCUCCGCAAAUACGCCGCGUGCCACACAAGGCGGCAGUGCGACACCACCGAGCAUUGUGUCCACCACACAGCUGCCGUUUGCCGGAUUGCGCAAGGAGGUUUGGGUGGUGCCCGUCCUGGUGCUGGCCAGCCUCACCAUGCUGAUGAUGGGCGCCUUUGAGAUCUUUGUGCUGUUUAAGGCCUGGCGCACGUCGCCAUCGCGUCGUCAUCUGUUUCUGGGUCAAAUGCUCCUGCUGGGAUUGUUCGCCUGUGCCGGAUUGGGAGCUGUCAUUACAGCUCAGCCCACACUGCUCAGCUGUGGCGCCAUACGCUUUGGUGUGGGCGUUGCCUAUGCUUUGGUAUUCGCCGCUCUUCUGGUCAAAUGUGUCUUCCUGAUCAGCCUCAAUGGUGGCGUCUAUUUGCCGGCUCCGUAUCAGGGUCUCUUGCUGCUUUUCGCCCUGCUCAUCCAAGUGGCCAUUGGAGCACAGUGGCUGCUAACACAGCCACCGGAGAUCUAUACGACAAGUGUGCCGGUCAUGGGCAGUGGUUUCCUAUCCACCACAGUGGCAUCGCAGACCAACUACUCGGCUCUGUUCUAUCCCACAUCCUACACAACGCUGGACGGCACACCGGAGAUCUACACGAGAAUUGCCGCAGUGAGCACCGUGCUCAUUCCGCUGUGCAAGACGCAGUUCUCGGAGCUGCUCUUCUCGCUGAUCUACAUUGUGUUCCUCAUCGUGUUCAUUGCGGUGCUGGCGAUCAAAUCGCGUGGCAUACGUGACAAUUAUCGGGAGGCGACAUACAUUGGCCUGGCCAUUGGCGGCGCUAUUCCCAUUUGGCUGGGCUGGAUGCUCUGUGGCCUGGCCGUUGCGGAGCGGCAUAAGGAUGCAUGCAUUGCCUUUGGAUUGGUUGCCACAUCGGCUACCGUCUUCCUGGUCAUGUUUAUGCCCAAGGGCAGACAGCUGGCGGCCAUGGGCAAGGAGGGUCUCUAUGUCGAGGAUCGCGAGGAGCAGUUCAGUUCGUUGAGUCGCGCCGGCUCCGGCUAUUCACCAUCCUUCUUCCACUUCAAGCCCAUCAAAUACGGCGUGAUGAGUGGCUGUGGCUUGCCGAACUCGGCAACAAACACAGGCCAGGGACUCAGCUCCAAGCACUGCUCUAGUGCCAACAAUGGCGGAGAUCGAGUCGCUUUGGUCACCGCCGCACCGCCGAGCUAUACACGUAUGUAUCACUAUUUUCCAGCACAUUUGAGCGCGCACCCGUUUUGCUAUUACCCACCCGCACCACCGCCACCACCGCCCGCACCGCCCACACAGCUGGCCACACCGUUGACCCUCAAACAGCUGGGUAACUCGCUUACCUCCAUGACACAGGCGGCGCAAUUGGCCAAAACGCUGCGCUAUGCGCCAGGCAUGUUCAUACGACCCGACGAAACGAAUCUAUAUACGACGCUGGAGCCCACAUUGAGCAGCAAUCCGAAUGUUUAUUUCCAGCGCAGUGGCGCUGUGCAUCCGGGAAUAUUGUACUGACUGCAGGCAGGAGAACAGGAGAAAAUUGAGAGCCACCGGAGCUAUCGAGAACACUGGAACUGAGUAUUUUUUCUUAAUAUUAAGCAGCACAUAGCGCUCCCCCCUUUCCCUCGCCCGUUCCCCUACACUCACUCAUAUAUCCUUUAUACGGCUCCCAAGGAGCAGCAAUAAGUGAAUGAUGAUUCAAAUAAAUAGUGUAAUACAUUUGUCAUAAUUGCUAAGCUUUUAGAUUAUAUAAACUAUAUAAAAGAUUAAGACACGCUAAAUAAAAUGUAUAUUCCUAAGACAUCGAAUUAAUAAAAAUGUGCUGAGAUUUCGAUAUAUUUAAGCGACAACAUGAGCUCGAAAUGGAUUUACAAUUUGUAAUCCUAGAUCAAUAUAAAGAAUUAAAUAUUUUUCACCAUUUACACAGGCCAUAUAAGUUUAUACUUACGUUGAUCUAAUCAGUUUUUAUUGACUAUAGCUAUUCUCAUUUAGUCUGCAAUAAUGGUGAAAUUUAGAAAUAUAGUAGAUAUCGAUUGUUGCAGCCGAUCGAAUAGAAUAUAAUAUAUGUAUGGUAUAUCUAAGAAAUUAUUAAAUUUAACAUUCAAUUCAGUUUUUAGUUAAGCAAUCGAUAUCUAUUAUGCGAUAUCUAAAAUAAAAUAGUCCUAAGUACUCAUGUCAAGUCUAUAUGAUUUCAAAUGAUUAAUUUUUGUGUUGAAUUUUAAUUGAAAUAGUUUGUGUGGAACUUUAAUUUAAUAAUUGUAAUAUUUCAAAUGUUCAAAUCGAGUUAAUCUUGAUGAUUUCACACAGUUUUAUAACGCACUAAGAUUAAUGCCUUCAUGAGCAAUUAAGCCCCAAUAAAGCCCAACAAUUUGUAAGCAAAACAUUUGUAUAGCCAAGUAAAAGAUCGUUUAAGUCAACACACACAAAAAAUGUUAUAUGUACAUAAUGCCUUCAGGCAACACACACACACACACACACACACACGAUGAGCAAAUACUCUCAAUAAAAACCGAUAAGAAAUAAGAAAA